AUGCGGCAGGAUUCCGCAGAGAUUGAUGACGGCGCGAGCGAUAGUUCACAGAGUGCAUUCUUCAAUUUGGUGGCAAGACGUUUGUGCGAGACGUUUGAAAUCGAGAUAAGUGGCGAAGCUCUUCGAGAUUUGGUUUCCGAGAUUCAGGAUCAGAUGUCUGGCAUCGGGGAUUUGAGCGAUCUCUCGCAUGAAGAACCUGAGGAUCCGGCAGCACCUGAUGUCGAGGAUCUCGUCCAUGAGUUGGGCAAAGCUAACAUCGAUAUUGGAGACAAGCACAAGUUCGAAGCGUACUGGGUGAGCGCAGUUGCUGCCUUUGAGCAAGAGGUCGUGACCAAGUAUCUUCUGUCGGAGGCAAGGACAAUGACUGCAAAGUGGCCGGGCGACGAGAUUCCUCGCGAAGCAUUCGACGAGAUUGAGCAGCAGCUGAUGCAGUCGACGACACGUUGCUUCACCUUCAAAAUCCUGUACAAGGUCUUCAUUCACAGGGUCCAGCACUCCCACACAGUGUUCCGCCAUGCCGCCAAAGGUUUGCUUAAACAGCUGAAGGUCGAUGAGAUUUUUAAUACCGCUUCGCCCAAGAAGCAGCCACACACCGCCAAUCUCGAGGAGCUGGUGAUGCACCUGGCCGAGAGGGCUUGUUCAACCUUGAAAAAGUCCGCCUCUCAUGAUGCAAAGAAGCACUGGCAAGAAGCACGAGAUGCACAGGCUGCGCGAGAGGCAGCAGUGCGGACAUGUCGUGAGCCAGGGCUGCCCAGCGAGCGGGCGGCAAGGGUGAAGCAGAAAAAGUUCCGGUCCUCACGGGUCCGCAUGAACACAGUUCAAACCUACGGGUCAUGGAUGCUUUCAUCAUCGAAGGAUGCCGUGAAGCAAGCGAAUACGGCCUCGUAUCGCUUGACACACAGGGUCCAAGCCUAG